UGCGCGCGCGUGUGUGUGUGAAAGAGAGAUGUGUGUGUGUUUGUGUGUACGCGCGCGCGCGCCUGUGCACGAGAGAAAGGGGUUUGCCGUUCCUCCGAGGUGACGUCACGAGUUUUCCUGAAAGUCAAAACAACCGUUGGAUGCGGUAACGGUCAGCAGUCGUGUAGCUUCUCGGAAAUCCGUUUGGUGACGCUUUUAACGAUCAUUUCUGAGCAGUUGGCCGUUGCUGGACAGUUUAGCUAAGAUUUACGUUGCUCACUCAGAAGGGAGGAAAGAAAAAAAACAAUAUAUAGAAAUAUAAGUCGAGCGGUUUAUGAACAGCAGGUGCACGGGGAUACCACCGCACCUGCCGCUACAGGCUGAGUCACUGCUGGUGAGGAGGAAGGUCUGGAGAGGGAACGAGAGAGGAGGAGGAGGAGGUGGAGGAGGAGGGGGAGAAGAAGAAGAAGGGAGGGAGGCAGGGAGAUAAGCCACAACAGGAAGCAAAACGACACACACACGUACACAUACACACCGCGUGUUUGUGUGUGUGUGUCUGAGAGAGAGACUGCGCGAACGAGAGGGUGAACGGGAAAGGAAGGGAGGGAGAGUGACGCGGAGACUGGGAGAGCCGGCCCCCCCCUCCUCUCCUCCUCUCCCUCUCUUUCUCUCCUCUCCUCCUCUCCUCCCCUCCUCCCUCUCUCUCUCUCUGUGGAGCAGGCGUGUAGCGGCAUCAGACUCGGCGUGAAGGAACCAUGAGCGAUGUCACCAUCGUUAGAGAGGGAUGGCUCCAGAAACGGGAGGAGCAGGGUCGGGGUGCUGACUCACUGUCCAGGUCGUGAUACAGCAAAGACUGCAGUCUUAGUCAUUAGACAGCUUUUUACUGAAACGAAACAGCAAGAGAGACUGAGAAAGAAAAAGUGGUUGUAAACAGGGUCAACCACACCACACAUAAUGGUUGAAAGUGGUCUACAUCUGGUUGCCAAGGACAACUGAACAACCAUCGCUGCCCUGAAACAUGGUGAAUACAUAAAGAACUGGCGACCGCGUUACUUCCUGUUGAAGACAGACGGCUCUUUCAUCGGCUACAAAGAGAAACCUCAGGACGCAGACCUUCCCUACCCCCUAAAUAACUUCUCUGUAGCAAAAUGUCAGUUGAUGAAGACGGAGAGGCCGAAGCCAAACACCUUCAUUAUACGCUGCCUCCAGUGGACCACGGUCAUCGAGAGGACCUUCCACGUGGACACGCCUGAUGAGAGAGAUGAAUGGACAGAGGCCAUCCAGAUGGUGGCUGACAAGCUGCAGAGACAAGAGGAGGAAAGGAUUCAGUGCAGCCCCACCUCCAACAUUGACAACAUGGUCGAGGAGGAGAUGGACAUCUCCACCACACACCACAAACGCAAGACAAUGAGUGACUUCGACUACCUGAAGCUACUGGGUAAGGGAACCUUUGGUAAAGUGAUUCUAGUCCGAGAGAAGGCCAGCGGGAAAUACUACGCCAUGAAAAUUCUUAAAAAAGAAGUCAUCAUAGCCAAGGAUGAAGUGGCUCACACACUCACAGAAAGCAGAGUACUGAAAAACACCAGACACCCCUUUCUCACCUCAUUGAAGUAUUCAUUCCAGACUAAAGACCGCCUCUGUUUUGUCAUGGAGUAUGUGAAUGGAGGAGAGCUGUUUUUCCAUUUGUCCAGAGAGCGGGUGUUCUCAGAGGAGCGCACGCGCUUCUACGGUGCCGAGAUCGUCUCGGCUCUCGACUACCUGCAUUCAGCCAAGAUUGUGUACCGGGACCUCAAGUUGGAGAACCUGAUGCUGGAUAAAGAUGGCCAUAUCAAGAUCACUGAUUUUGGCCUCUGCAAAGAGGGCAUCACAGACGCUGCUACCAUGAAGACCUUCUGUGGCACGCCAGAGUACCUCGCACCUGAGGUCCUGGAGGACAACGACUACGGCCGGGCGGUAGACUGGUGGGGUCUGGGGGUGGUGACGUACGAGAUGAUGUGUGGCCGACUGCCCUUCUACAACCAGGACCACGAGAAGCUGUUUGAACUCAUCCUCAUGGAGGACAUCAAGUUCCCGCGCACUCUGUCUGCCGACGCCAAGUCCCUUCUGUCCGGCCUGCUCAUUAAAGACCCCAACAAACGGCUUGGUGGAGGACCAGAUGAUGCAAAAGAAAUUAUGAGACACAGUUUCUUCUCUGGAAUUGACUGGCAGGAUGUCUAUGAUAAAAAGCUGGUUCCUCCGUUCAAGCCUCAGGUGACGUCUGAGACAGACACCAGAUACUUUGACGAGGAGUUCACAGCCCAGACCAUCACAAUAACUCCACCAGAGAAAUUUGACGAGGACGGGAUGGACUGUCUGGACAACGAGAGAAGACCGCACUUCCCACAGUUCUCCUACUCUGCCAGUGGGCGGGAAUGAACUGUCCAUAAUGUUGACGUCAUCACAGCUGGUCUCUGAGGUCAUCAGUGUGGGACAAAAAGACCCACAGCUUUGGACCAACCCAGAACAACCCUGACUUGAAGGAUUUUGCCCAUCUUCUCCUCCUCUCUUUUUCACCUCUCCAAUGUUACUCUCUUGUAUUUUUCUUUUUUUUUUUUUUUUUUUUUUACAUUUUUGUGAAUCCCUUUUUAGAGAGAUGCUUUCUCACAGGUACAAACUUCCAAGCAAAAUUACCCUCUAAUCCUGCACUGCAACUCUAGGUGAUCUGAACUGUGAUGGGAUCAGUUACUGUGUAAUGUCCCUUUAAUGAAAGGAGCAUCACCGAUGGCCUGCUGUGCUUUGAGGGUCCCGUCAAACCCACGUCUAAAAAAAAAAAAAGAAACAAACUAACCAGACACUUCUGAUCAAGAUAGACAACAGUUGAUGCAUUUUUAAAGAGACGUUUUGUCGCUUCUUAUCUGUACGAUGGAGAUACAGCAUUUUAAGUCAUUUAAAUCCAAACUGCCAUAACUGGUUGUAUCUCAGGCUUUUGCAAACAGACAGAUACUCAGACUCACACAGUCACUCGGGUCUGAUUUCAAAUCCUCACAUUGAUAAUUCUGGGAUUGACUGAGGCUGCCUGACGUUAAGAACGCAGUCGUCAACAGUGAGCAGAAUCCCACGCACCUCAUGUUGUAGACAGACUCGAGCAGGAUUUGACUCAGGUUUUGCUCAGUGCAAUUCAUUAUUGUUGUUGCUGCUAUUUCAACUACUACCACUCCUACUACAGGUACUACCACUCCUACUAUAACUAUACUACUACUGCUACUACUAAAACCCGGUGCUACACUAUUAGCUUAAUGCUGCAGGUCAUUACACAGGCGCCAGCAACACAUCGUCUAUGCUUGUACAGCUGCAGAACAGGUGUCGCUACUGCUCCUAAUGUACAGCUAUUACACAUCAACUCAAUAGAUUAAGAAGAUAAAAGGAUGUCAUGUUUGUGUGUGUGUGUGUGUGUGUGUGUGUGUGUGUGAGAGAGAGCAAGUGCAAGGUAUUAUUAUGGGUUUGUGUUUAAAGAACGCACCUCAAAGCACAGCAGUUCAGAGGGCUGAAGCUCCCAAACCCUGAGCUUUACUACGUUACCCAUAAUGCAGUGCAAGGUGGUUGAUUUAUCUGUCAACGCAGAGGUGAAAAUGAGAGGAAAACGGUUGACUUGAAUGUUCUCCCCAGAGGUUUUUUUUUUUUUUUUUUUUUUUUAAUGUUAAGUCCCUCGUGAGUUUUAAAUCUACUGUCCCAAAAGGGAAAAAACAAAAACGAAACGGUACUUUGUGUCGAUGAUGGAAAGCUUUACUGUGACAUAUUGUUAUCAUGGCUUUGGGAACCACACGGCUGUACCUCUCUGUCUUUGUGCAGGAAAGUGAAACUGCAGCAGGAACAGAUUCACCGCAGAGUGAAAAAGAGAAAUCCGGGAAGGCAGGGUUGGGCAUUGGCUGAGAUGAGAUGAGAGAGAGAGUACAGGUGUGUGUUGGUGAAGGCUGAGGCAGAGUUCAGAAAGAAAGGCGAAGUGGAAGUUGAGCAGAAAGAGAACAAGUGCAGCACAGAAGUCUGAAUGUAAAACGAUAUCUCUUACACGACACAUUACCUGUUUUUCCGCUGCUCUUAAGUCCAUAUGCUUUACUCUUGCACAUCCAUUUAAUUGCUAAUAGCUAGCAAAGGCGCUUUAUGGCAGAAAGUAUAAAAGGAUGGCGCUGGCCUGCAUGCUGUAGUCCUCCUCUGUCCGCACUACCAGUCCUGAGUCAAAGUGGCACUUAGAAGUCUUAUGAAAAAUACUUUUCUGUGAUCGAUUGAGCCUGUCUGGCACAGCUGAGGCAGCCGAAUAGUUCAAAAUGAGUACAAAUCCCACCCAGCUGGCACUCUCGACAGGCUCAAGCAAACGCUCCCAAGUAUUUGGAAGGAUUUCAGCUUUGAUUUGACCCAGGUCUGCGAGCGACUGAGGAGUUAUAGCUGUAUGUGCACGCUUAACGCCAAAACCAUUAGAAACCAGAGUUCAUAAAAUACCGCUUUGUUGCUUUGGCCACAGCACUUUCACAUCCACCACUUUUUAUAUGAUUCAGAGGAAUCUGAUUCAGCCCUGCUUUAAAGGAAGAUUUUUAGCUUUUUUAUGUUUUUAAGAAAAUGAGGAUUUGAAAGCACAUCUCCCCUCCACAUACGACCGAUAUCUUUGAUGUUGCUCUGAUGUCUAGAGUUGGCAAAACCUGGGUGAUCGUGUCCCUCAUGCCAGAGAUGUCCUAGCUGGGGCAAAAACAGACAAGUCAGUGCAGUCAAUCAGUGGGAAUUUUCAGUAAAUUGGUCAGUCUUUAUAAACUAAAGUGUUUGGGAAAAAUCCACUGAGCGAUCAUCGCAUCUUCACUGACUCCUCCUCCUCAUCUGUUUUAAAAAGUUUUCCCUCUGGUGAGCCCUCUAACUCUCCUUGUUCAAUCUUCUACUGAUUCAAGUUCAUUUACUGGCAGCAACAAAGCCAGAGGCUGAUUCUAAGGGUCAGAGAUCAUAAAAAAAAAAACACAAGAAAAAAGAAAUAUUUUCCUCCUACUUCUGUAAGUGGAGAAUGUGGAGCUUAGUAAUCCUCUUCAUCAAUGUGAGUUUUCCCUUAAUAACUAUGAAUCAGUUGUGGGCACAUGUAAUUUAACUUUGUCUCAGCUGUUAUCACCAAACAGAGGUUUUUCAACUGGAUGCUGAAAUUCAGUUUCAGCCUCCGCACAGCUUUACUGGUGCCCCUGACUGGUGUGAAUCUACAGUAUGUGAGAUAUCUGACGCUGCACUGACAGUGUUCACUCUUAAGCUGCUGCUGUUUGUACUGUACAUCUAUCACACAACAGAUCUGACUCCAAUAGUAUUUGAAUAAUAUGUAAAAUCCUUUCAAAGACUUCAGCUGCUCCGUAUUGAUCUUGCACGUUGUUAAUGAACCGACGGUGGCAGCCAAAAAAAAUCACAAACCAUGCUCCGCCUGGCGUUUAAUGCAGAUAAUAAGUAAACGGCUCAAGUGUUUGGAAGGAUUUCUGAUAGUAUUUGACCUCAUGUCCGCGACAGAAUCCCUCCCCUCUCUUCUCUCUCUGGUACUAGUCUACUAUCAUCUUGAUUAUUAACAUGAACAAGCAUGAAAUGCAUUUAUUUAUAAACAGCAAACAAAAAAUGGCAAACAUGUACAAAUAUUACAAAGUGUAACUGAGUUUUAAUUUCAUGUCCAUGUCCAUCUACUGUAGCUUUACAGCUGUGUGAGACAUUUCUGAGUGGGCCACGUUUCCCUGAAGCACUGUAAUACUGAAGUCAGCUCUGCUCCGUGACAUGACAGCGGAGCAGAGCUGAUGUCGACUCUGAGACAGUGUCAGGAAACCCAGCAGAUCCAGAAAGAUUCAGAGAAAAGCAGAUCAAACAGCCUUUUUCUGUCCCUCAUGCUGUCAGGAUGCUGGCCAGUGAGGCCACGAGGAUGUGAAAACAACAGAUUACCAUCAACAUGAAGCUGUUUUUUACACUGUACAUCCUUAGUAUUUUUACACAUAAAAUGUAUAUGAUAGGGAUGCACAUUAUUUUCCUUCUUACAGACAGCUUCAAUAAAGCACUAUGUCAAUCUGC